UGCCGGCUAAGGUUGGAGCGUUAAAUAUUGGGAAAGUCCGUGCUCGGUUAAUCCGGAUGGGCGAGUGAUGAAGAAGGCUGUGAGAACUUUUCCAACCCAACCGUACUGGCCUGGCGAAUGCAAUCAAAUCCUGCAACAUUUGACAUGCGUGAUUUUGGACGAUUGUUAACUGGACGCGGUGGAAGAGCCAGCACAGCUUUCGAGAGCCAGAGCAUCCGGAGCACGACUAUCGUCAUGGUGACCUUCGCCAUCUGUUGCUUCAGUUUUUCCAACUCUAUGCUGAAACUGUCUGAGUUCAAAGUACCGCUCUUGGGUGUAUUACGGACUGUGAAGCCGGCGCAAAUUAAAGAGACAGCGAAAGAGACCAAGCAGCUUGGAAGCGAUAAAACCACCUUCGAACUCCUUGGGUCAAAAAAUUUGGAAGUUGAAUCGGCGGCUGAGGCUUACGAGUUGCUUUCGGGAGGUCAAAACUCUGCCCAAAAUAUAGCUGACAUCCAUGGCAUGCCAUCGCCGGUUGUUCAGCACUGGGUUGACAUGGAGCUCUAA